AUGUCCUGCUCCAGCAUGUGCCCGUCUCCCUGCGGGGUGGCCGCCCCGGCCCCGCUGGCCGACUCCUGCAACGAGCCCUGCGUGCGGCAGUGCCCCGACUCCACCGUGGUGAUCCAGCCCCCGCCUUCGGUGCUCACCUUGCCCGGGCCCAUCCUCAGCUCCUUCCCGCAGUACAGCAUCGUCAGCUCCGUGGGCGCCCCCGGCGUUGGAGGGGGCUUCGGCGGCACCUUUGGAGGCCUUGGAGGCCUUG